UGCCGAGAGGGCGUUAGCAGAUACCAGAGUCUCUUUAUACACACAAAUACGGACUUUCCGUCAGAGUGUCAAUGUCAGAGAGAUAUCGGUUCAGUAUCUCGUAGCUACCUGGUCGAGUAUCGAGUUUAGAUAAGAAUUGUUCUUGUUGAUUACGUAUUUUCAAAGUGGACAGUGCCGAAUCAUUCUAUUAGAAAUUUUUGUGUCAAUUAAUAUUAAUUGAUUGUGAAUUCAGGAAAAAUGCGUAUCAUCUAUGUGGAUGCUAUACCAGGAAUUGUAAAUAAUGCACUUCAAAACAAAGAACCAUGGCAGAUAGUAACUAUGACAAGUACAGUUACACUUGCUACAGUGUGGUUGUGGAACUUUCUCUUCUGUCAAGAUAAAAGUCUCUUGGAACGUGGAAAGAAACAGCUGUUCAAACUAGCUCGUUAUAUUCCCUCUAUUCGUGAUAAAAUAAAUAAGGAACUAGUUAAUAUUAAUGAAACCUUUGAAAAAGAUGUUGUACAUAGACUCAAAGAAGCCUCAUUUAUUGUACAUCUUCCUAAAAAGGGAUUGAAUAAAGAAGAAAUACUAAAUUUAGUGAAACAGUUUAUUCGCUUGGGUGAUUACGAUUGGCAAGCAGGUCGUGUAUCUGGUGCAAUUUACAGAACUAACAAUGAACUUACACAAUUAAUGGGAGAUGUGUAUGCAAUUGCAUCUUAUACUAAUCCAUUGCAUCCAGAUAUAUUCCCUGGAAUUUGUAAAAUGGAAGCAGAAGUUGUUCGAAUAGCCUGCCAUUUAUUCCAUGGAGAUGAAGAAACUUGUGGAACUAUGACCACAGGUGGUACAGAAUCAAUUUUAUUAGCGUGUAAAGCAUUUAGAGAUUAUGGUCGUGAAGUUAAAGGCAUUACGAAGCCAGAAAUGGUGAUGCCGGUCACUGCUCAUGCAGCAUUUGAUAAAGCUGCACAGUAUUUAAACAUAAAAGUACGCACUGUACCUGUCAAUCCACAUAGUUUUACAGUUUCUAUCCAAGCCAUGAGAAAGUCAAUCACAAAAAAUACAAUAUUGUUGGUAGGAUCUGCACCAAAUUUUCCCUAUGGAACCUUGGAUAACAUUGAAGCAAUUUCUGAAUUAGGUAUGAAAUACAAUAUCCCUGUUCAUGUAGAUGCCUGUCUGGGUGGUUUUCUCACUUGUUUUAUGCCUGAUGCUGGUUAUGAUUUACCACUGUUUGAUUUUAAAUUACCUGGUGUUACUAGCUUAUCAGCUGAUACUCAUAAGUAUGGAUAUGCACCGAAAGGAUCUUCAAUAAUUUUGUAUCGAAAUAAAAUCUAUCGACACUAUCAAUAUACGAUUACAACAGAUUGGCCUGGUGGCAUUUAUGGUUCUCCAACAAUAAAUGGUUCCCGAGCUGGUGGCAUUAUCGCCUCUUGCUGGGCCACAUUAAUGUAUUUUGGAUACAAUAAUUAUAUCGAAUCCACGAAGAAAAUUAUAGAAACUACAAGAUACAUUGAACGAAAUUUGAGAGAAAUGGAUGGGAUUUUCGUGUUUGGUAAACCAGCCACAUCUGUCAUUGCAAUAGGUUCUAACGAAUUCCACAUUUACCGAUUAUCGGAAGCUCUCAGUGCCAAAGGUUGGAAUUUGAAUCCAUUACAAUUCCCUCCCGGUGUACACUUAUGUGUUACACAUAUGCAUACUCAAUCAGGAGUGGCAGAUCAAUUUUUAAAAGAUGUCAAGUCUGAACUGAACACAAUUUUGGAAACCCGAACUACUUUGGUGGAAGGAAAAUUGGCAAUGUAUGGAAUGAGCCAAAGCAUCCCAGAUAGAAGUGUAGUUGGUGAUUUUACAAGAUGUUUUUUAGAUUCCAUGUAUUAUACUAGAGAAAGCGAAACGUGAUUCUAUAAUAAUAUUGAUGA